AUGAGCCAGCAAGACUCACAUCACGGUUUCCGGCCAAAGCCUUCCUAUAAAAAAGGUCUUCUGGAGCCGGCACUUCAGAACUGGACGUUUGGGGAUCUACUCCAGCGUCAAGCCGAGCAAUUUCCAGGUAAAAUUGCGAUUUCCUGCCCAGGCACGUCCAACCCUAUCACCUAUCGCCAAUUGAACGAUCGCACCAAGCUUCUUGGAGAAGCUCUGAUUGCAAAUGGGAUCUCUGUUGGAGACCGCGUUGGCAUCUUUGCAGGAAAUGUUUUAGAAUAUGUUGAGGUUGUGCUAGCAACCGCGCGCAUUGGAGCAAUCAUAGUCCUGUUGAACACCUUUUACACAACGGAGGAAAUCAAAAGAGCCCUGCGAUUUACUGGGUGUUCAUUGCUAUUUAUCACCAGGAGCCUUGGGAAACGCAGUCUGUUGCCAUGCAUCGAUGAACUCAACGAGAUGAUUAAAACCCAGAAAAGCGAGUUUCCAGAUCUCCGAAGCAUCGUUCUUCUCUCGGGACACUGCUCAAAAUCUUCCAAUCUGCAAUCUUACACGGAUUUUGUCAAGUUCCCACCGAACGGUACGAAGGCCGGUUCUGCUUACGAGGCAGCAGAAACACAAGUUGACCCAGAGACGGUCUGUAACUUCCAAUUCACCAGUGGAACCACAGGGAUGCCCAAGGCAGUGAUGCUCACACACUUUAACGUGCUCAAUAAUGGAUUCCUAAUAGGUGAACGAAUCGGUCUCACUCCAAAUGAUACCAUAUGUUGCCCAUGGCCGUUGUUCCACUCGUCUGGUUUUGUUGUUGGCCUGACAACAUCACUGUGUCAUGGUGCAACUCUCAUUCUACCGUCACCAGUAUUUGAUCCCGCUGCCACAGCACGAGCACUAAUCUCCGAAAGGUGCACUGGACUUCAAGGUGUCCCAACUAUGUUUUCUGCUGUGCUCGAGUGGUGUCAUCAACGCGGUACUCGUCUACCACCUCUUCGAACAGGAAUCAUUGGUGGAUCACCAGUCUCCCCGGCUCUUCUGAGAGAGCUGCAGCAUGAAUUUGCCCUGCAAGAUCUCGGGAUUGCAUAUGGCAUGACUGAAACCUCGCCGCUCAGCUUCCUUUCCAAGGGCUUUGAAUCAGAUGGAACCCACACAUGGAUGGAAAUCUUACCACACACGACUGCAAAGAUAGUGGAUGCGCAAGGAAUCACUGUUCCCAUCGGAAGACCUGGAGAACUGUGCGUCUCGGGGUAUCUGUUGCAGCGAGGAUACUAUCAGAACCCCGAGAAGACGGGUGAGGUCAUGCGCGUGCAUGAAGAUGGAGUUCUCUGGAUGCAUACAGGCGACGAAGCAAUUAUGGAUACCCAAGGACGUUGCCGGAUCAGCGGCAGGAUCAAGGAUACUAUAAUUCGUGGCGGAGAGAACAUAUAUCCAGCAGAGAUCGAGGAUUGCCUGAAUGAGCACCCGGCAAUCUCGAUGUCGGCGGUGGUGGGUAUCCAAGAUGCAAAGUACGGAGAAGUAGUGGCUGCAUUCUUGCAACUCAAACAUGGCAAAACCCCCUGUGCAGAGGCACAUAUCUCGGAAUGGAUUCAGCAAACCCUGGGGAAACACAAGGUACCAGCACUUGUAUUUUACCUCGGUGUCGAUGGCGUUCCUGGUCAUUUCCCUAAGACGGCAAGUGGGAAGAUCAAGAAAGUUGACCUGGAGGCCAUUGGAACUCGGCUAGUCCGCGGAACGGGUAAACUGUAG